AAAAAAGAUACAUCCCCCUGCAACCGAAGAAUAUUUUAUAGCCUAGGACUGCUUUUAUCUUAUCUCUUUGGACAGUCAGGAUGGUGUUCACUGAGCAGCUUCAUCCUAAAGGUUUGGGAGAUGUUGUUGAUCAUAUCAACACUCCCACAGAAAAAGAUGAAGGCUCAAUCAAAGUUCAGGACAUCCAGCUGGAGGAUGACUUUAGCGAUGUCGAUGAGAAGAAGGUCCUGCGAAAGAUGGACCUUCGCCUGAUUCCCCAGCUGGCGUUGCUUUAUCUACUUUCCUUCCUGGAUCGAGGAAACAUUGGAAAUGCAAAGAUUGAGGGCCUGGAUAAAGACCUGAAUUUGCAGGGCUCGCAAUACAACUGGACCUUGACCGUCUUCUUCUUCACUUACGCUACUUUUGAGAUUCCCGCCAAUAUUCUCCUGAAGAAGCUUCGCCCAUCAAUAUUCCUACCCUCAAUUAUGCUUGCUUGGGGAACCGUGAUGACAUUGAUGGGACUCGUGAAGAACUACCAUGGUCUUCUAAUUUCACGCCUUUUCCUCGGAGUCACAGAGGCUGGAUUGUACCCUGGCUGUGCAUAUUAUAUCACUAUGUGGUACUGUGCGAAGGAGGGCCAGUUCAGACAAGCACUGUUCUUCAGCGCUGCUAGCAUUGCGGGGGCGUUCUCAGGGUUACUAGCUUUUGGAAUUGCCAAGAUGCACGGAGUCGGUGGAUACGAGGGGUGGCGAUGGAUUUUUAUUCUAGAGGGCCUUGCCACGGUCGUCGUCGCGGUGGUAUCAUUUUUUACCAUCUACGAUUUUCCUGAGACCGCACCCUUUUUCACCGAGCGGGAGCGCGCAUUCGUUAUCCACCGGUUGAAGUACCAAAAUUCGAAACCUGGUUCUAAAGUUGCACAGGACGAUGAAUUCCGAUGGAAAUACGUCAUCGACGCAUUCAAAGACUGGCAGGUCUAUGUCGCUAUCAUCAUGUUCUGGGGUAUUGUUUGCCCACUGUAUGGCCUUUCACUUUUCUUGCCAUCCAUUAUCAGAGAUUUGGGUUUCACGUCCUCUACUGCCCAGCUGUUAACAGUCCCUGUUUACUGCACAGCUGCUACUAUCGCAAUUAUUUCAGCAUGGGUGGCAGAUAAAAAGGGGUCUCGUUCACCUUUUAUCCUUUUCUACAUGUGCAUCAUGGCUAUUGGAUUCAUCAUCUGUAUAGCAAGCGCCGGAAGGGGUGUGCCUGGUCUUGUGUAUGCUGGUGUUUUUAUCGCCGUGUGUGGUCUUUACCCUGCUUUCCCAGGGAACGUCACGUGGCUUAGCGGCAACCUGUCCGGCAGCUACAAACGCGCAACGGGCAUGGCCAUUCAAAUCGGGGUUGGAAACCUGUCAGGCACUAUGGCGUCCAACUUCUAUAGAGCCAGCGAUGCUCCGAAAUACUACAUGGGGCACGGGAUAGAGCUCGGAUUCGUCAUCGCCGGUAUCAUUGCUGUGCUGGUUCUGCGAUUCUCUUAUCAGCACAUCAAUAAGAAGAGGGAUCUAGAGGGAACCGGGAACUUAACCGAGGAAGAGAUGGCCGCAAUGGGCGACAAGUCUCCUGCAUUCAGAUACUCGCUGUAA